UACAGCUAAACCUGCUCCCCGUGUGAAAGUGGAUUCUUUUCGCUCUUGACACUCGAGCGGACCAUCGUCCUCUACCGCUCGUGGGCUGUCACUGGGAUUUUAAACUGGUACCCGCGACCAUCAACGGGACAAGUAACAUUUACGACAGAAAACUCGUUGAGAAUAAACGACCCUCGAAGAAAUAAGAAUACCAGAAUCAUUGACCUUUUCUGCAGGUGCAGUUUUUAUCUUUGAGCUGACGGAUCGCGGAGAGAGUCUGCAUUUCUACAGAUGCAGUCAGUGGACUGGACUGGGGCCAGAACCUGAGGCAGCCAGAACCUGAGGCAGCCAGAACCUGAGUGCCUCUAGUUACAUUGAGAAGACAUUCUAGUAGAAGUCAGAGGCCAGGAGAGGUAAACUAUGACCAGGUGGAUUGUAUUACUUUGUGUUUGUCUGUCCGUCACCUCGGCAACAUUCAACAACUAUCAGCAAAUCAGCAGCUAUGAGGAGCACUCCUUUCUGGACCCUGAGGACACACUGAGUGUGAUCGUCCCACUGGAGCUGCCUCAGCGCCCUCUACUGGGCAGCACCUUGGUACUAUCCUGUUACUUCCAGGACCACACCGUCCACGAUCCCGGCGCCCCCACCAUUGCCCCCUUGUCCCACCGCAUCAAAUGGAGCCGCAUCACCAAGGAGCGUGUCUCUGUCAUCCUGGUGGCCAUGGACGGAGAGGUCAAGGUGGAGGAGGACUAUCUGGACCGGGUCCACCUGGUGGGCUACCCCCAGACCCCCACUGACGCCAGCAUCAAGAUUACAGAGUUGAGGUCCAACGACACCGGCACCUACCGAUGUGAGGUCCAGCACGGCAUCGAGGACAACCAUGACACUGUGGACGUCCUGGUUCAAGGUAUCGUGUUUCACUACCGGGCCAUCACGACACGCUACACUCUGACCUUUGAGAAGGCCAAGGCAGCCUGUAUCCAGAACAGUGCUGUGAUCGCGACCCCAGAGCAGCUCCAGGCCGCGUAUGAUGACGGCUUCCACCAGUGUGACGCCGGCUGGCUCUCUGACCAGACUGUCAGGUACCCAAUCCAUGAUCCACGUGAGAAUUGCUAUGGCGACAAAGACGAGUUCCCCGGGGUGCGAACCUACGGAGUGAGAGAUGUCAACGAGACUUACGACGUGUACUGUUUUGCCGAGAAGAUGACAGGCAGUGUGUUCUACUCUGGCUCUGUGGCUAAGUUCACCUACUCUGAGGCUGAGGAACAGUGUAGUAAGCAGGGGGCCCUGUUGGCCACCACAGGACAGCUGUACCUGGCCUGGCAGGCUGGUCUGGAUGUGUGCAAUGCAGGCUGGCUGGGAGACAGGAGCGUCCGCUACCCCAUCAACGUCCGGAGGCCGCAGUGCGGAGGGGGUCUGCUGGGGGUACGAACCGUGUACCUCCACGUCAACCAGACGGGGUACCCCCUCCCCGAAUCCCGCUAUGAUGCCUACUGCUACACAGAAACGGAUGAGGAGGGCUCAGGCCUGGCGGUGCCCACCGAGGCGGGCAGCAGCGUCCUGAGCAUUGCCACGGUGACCCAGGGUCCUCCCGAGGUGUUCUUCGGGAAGAUGACCACAGAGAGCGAGGCGCUGGGCGAGGACCUGGUCACCCAGAAACCCACUAGCGUGGACUUCACCUUCGGCACUGAGUUGCCCCUGCCACAGCCACCCAGUGUCACCGAGCUGCCCCUGCCACAGCCGCCCAGUGUCACCGAGCUGCCCCUGCCACAGCCGCCCAGUGUCACUGAGCUGCCCCUGCCACAGCCGCCCAGUGUCACCGAGCUUCCACUCCCACAGCCGCCCAGUGUGACAGAGUUGGUUGUGGAUGUGGUGGGGAGAGUAACGGCCAGGCCGGAUGUGGGGAGUGAGAUCAGCGAAGUGAGCGCAUCAGAAUAUUUAUUUUCUGCUACAGGUGUGGUGUUCCACUACCGUGCUGGGCCUAGCCGCUACGCCUUCACCUUCGCGGAGGCCCAGCUGGCCUGUCAGAGUGUUGGAGCCUCCAUCGCCACCCCAGAGCAGCUCCAGGCUGCCUACGAGGCUGGCUACCACCAGUGUGAUGCAGGCUGGCUUCUGGAUCAGACCGUCAGGUAUCCCAUCGUGUCUCCUCUGGAAAAGUGCUCUGGGGAUCUGGAGACUUUACCAGGAGUGAGGUCCUAUGGACUGAGGCCCGCUGAUGAAAACUACGAUGUGUACUGCUACGUGGACAGACUCAGGGGUGAUGUGUUCCAUGCUGGCUCCAGUGAGGGCUUCACCUAUGACGGUGCUCUGGCUCACUGUCAGGAGCUGAACGCUACCCUGGCCUCUACUGGGCAGCUCUACACCGCCUGGAGACAAGGCUUGGAUAAGUGCCGCGCAGGUUGGCUAAUCGACCGGAGUGUCCGGUACCCCAUCACCAACCCCCGUGCGGCGUGUGGUGCAGGGAAGGCAGGGGUGUACACAGUAUACACCCACAACAACCAGACGGGAUACCCAGACCUGUAUUCCAGAUAUGACGCCUACUGCUUCAAAGUGGACAUCUUGCUUCUCGCCAAUGAAACUGGAUUGAACAUCACAGAGAUAGAAGAGGCUUUGGUUAACCUCACAUCCAUCACUGAUUUGCUGAGGCCUGUCCUGCCUUCCAUCACUCCUCCCAUCUCUGUGGAGUCUUCAGGUUCUGGUUCCGGGGCCUCUGGGGCGAGUGGAUCCUCUAGAGAUCUCUCUGGUGAUCACUCUGGUGAACUGCCUCAUUCCGGGGAUCUGUCCGGGUCAGGUGAUCUUUCAGGCAGCGGAAGCGCAGAGAUUCCCAGCGGAUCGUCUGGUCUGAGUAGUGAAGAUGCUUCCGGCUCGGGGCUGAGUGGAGACGGAUCGGGAAUAACGGUCACCUUCUCUUCAGGGAGUAGCAACGUUUUAUCCGGUUUUGGCUCUGGGGGUCCUCAGGAGGCUGGAGAAGGAAUCACUGGAAUCCUCACCUUCCCCUCAGAAAUGGGAUUGGGAAUGUUCAGUGGCAGUGGGUUCCUGUCGGGUUCGGGAAGUGGCUCCGGUGUCAGUUCUGAGGAGAGCGGCUCUUCGUCUGACAGCUCCAGCAGCUCUGGGGAAAGUGGGGAUUUGUCUGGAAUGUCGUCCGGCUCCAGCUCUAGUUCCAGUGAGGAGUUUUCCGGAUUUCCCUCAGGAUUCUUUCCCUCAGGAGGCUCCAGUGGUCAUUCGGGAGAGCCGGGAACCGGAGACACUCAGGUCCUGCUGAUCGAUGGGAAACUGAUGGAGGUUUCCACCUCUCACACACACAAAGAGAAGGAGCUGGGUGGAGGGGGCCUGGAAUUCAGUGGCUACGGAUCUGGCAGCAGCGGCUCAGGUUUCUUCCCAGAUGUGACCUUCUCGGGGUCAGGGUUUACCGACCUUACAGGGUCAGCCUCAGGGGAACAGGAGGCCUCGGGGUCUCUCCACUACGGCUCCGGAAGUGGUGAUAUCAGCGGUUCAGCCUCGGGCAGCAGUGGCUCAGGGUUCUUCCCGGGUGUGACCUUCUUGGGGUCAGGUUUUUCCGACCUCACGGGGUCAGCCUCAGGGGAACAGGAGGCCUUGGGGUCUCUCCACUACGGCUCCGGAAGUGGUGAUAUCAGCGGUUCAGCCUCGGGCAGCAGCGGCUCAGGGUUCUUCCCGGGUGUGACCUUCUUGGGGUCAGGGUUUACCGACCUCACGGGGUCAGCCUCAGGGGAACAGGAGGCCUCGGGGUCUCUCCACUACGGCUCCGGAAGCGGUGAUAUCAGCGGUUCAGCCUCGGGCAGCAGUGGCUCAGGGUUCUUCCCGGGUGUGACCUUCUUGGGGUCAGGGUUUACUGACCUCACGGGGUCAGCCUCAGGGGAACAGGAGGCCUCGGGGUCUCUCCACUACGGCUCCGGAGCCGGAAGAGGUGGAUACACAUCAGGGUUCGGAACGUCGGGCUUCCCAUCCGGAGACAUGUCUGGAAUCUCCAGAUCCUCCACCAGCGAUGAGGAGGACAGCGCUGUCACCUUCCUGACUAAUGACUUCAUGACAGAGGUUUCCAAGGCGACCACGGUUUCCAUGGAGCUGGGGGCUGGGCCAGUGCAGUUCAGUGGGCAGGGAAGCGGGUCCCACACAGGGAGUGGUGCUGACCACCCAACCCAGGCCAGCGGUGUCUCAUCUGGGGCACACUCUGGAGAUCUGCUCCCUGUGGUGCUGUCCUCUCCGCCCAGCAAUAGGGAGCUUAUGGAGGGCACAGAGGGGCCAGAGGAGGCCAUGGCUGGCGGGGCUGAGCUGGGGGAGACCACCAGCGAGUUUUACGUGACCUUUGCCCCCAACCUUGCUCCCGCCGGAUUGGCUGCCCCAGCCAUCUCCCUGCAGACCCCUGCCGUCAUGGAGGAGCCAUCCUCAGAGGAGGGUAUCCCUAACCCAUGUGACCCUAACCCGUGUGGUGCUGGGUCAUGCUCAGUGGAGGAUGGUGUUGGGCUGUGCCAGUGUCCGCCCGGGAAAGUGGGAGAAGGGUGCCAGUAUGAGGUUGAUGUGUGCCAUUCCAACCCUUGUGCCAAUGGAGCCACCUGUGUGGAAAAUGCAGACUCUUACAAAUGCUUAUGCCUGCCCAGCUACGGAGGGGACCGCUGCGAGAUUGCCUCUGUCUCAUUAUCGCCCCCUGCUGUUGACGACACAGACGAGCAGGAUUGUGAGGAGGGGUGGACUAAGUUUCAGGGCAACUGUUACCUGCACUUCCCCGAGAGAGAGACCUGGCUGGACGCCGAGCAGCGCUGCCGAGACCUCAGCGCUCACCUGGUCAGCAUCAUCACCCCAGAGGAACAGCACUUUGUCAACUCCAACGGCCAGGACUACCAGUGGAUUGGGCUCAAUGACAAGACAGUGGAGAAUGACUUCCGCUGGAUAGACGGCACACCACUGCAAUUUGAGAACUGGCGGCCGAACCAGCCGGAUAACUACUUUAACUCUGGAGAAGACUGUGUGGUGAUGAUCUGGCACGAGAACGGCCAAUGGAACGACGUUCCCUGCAACUACCACCUGCCCUUCACCUGCAAGACUGGCCCAGUCUACUGUGGCGCACCGCCAAAGGUGGAGAAUGCCAAGAUGUUCGGCAGCAGGCGGGAGCAGUAUACUGUUGGGUCCAUCAUCCGCUACCAGUGUAACCCAGGCCUCCUACAGCGCCACCUGCCUGUGGUGCGCUGCAUGGCAGACGGACAGUGGGAGAAGCCACAGGUGGAAUGCAUGGGCGCAGUGCCCUCCCCCAGUAACAGAAUACAGCGCAGAUCGAUCAGAAGGCGAGGAGAAUCAACCAGCAGCAAACGUCACUAAGCAGGGAAGAUUAAUGGAAAUCUCUUGAAGAUAAUUAUUUUAUAAGAACAUUUACAGAACACAGAAGGCAUUUUCUAACUUACUAAAGAGGUUUGAAUGUUUGAAGUACCCACCUUGUACAUAAGACCAAAUCAACUUCGAGCAGUAACAUUGUCUUUUCAGUUUGUCACUCUCUGACUAUUUUUAAAAAGUUUAAAUUAAGCCAUUAUGUAAUUGUAUGUUUUUGUCAUUCUUGUCCUAAAAUAAUGACAUGUUUUAAUUAUAUAUAAGAAUUGUUUAUUGUUUGGAGUUUUAUUGUUAUUAUUAUUAUUAAUAUAAUUUUUAGUUUUGGUGGAUUGGGAUGCCGUCGAUAAGGUGCGAGUUGUUGCUAAAAUACUUUGUCCAUGUCGCCAACUAGACUGGAUUAUAGAGGCACGGUGUAGGGUGAAGUUUCUGCUAGACACUGAUCUUGGGUCAGUUUUGCUUUUCCUCCACUAAUGGUUAAGAUUAGGGUUGGUGGAGGGGAAGCUGAUCCUAACUCUGUACCUAGGGGAAACUUCACCCUACAUGUAUGAUGCAUCAAUCAGACUCUCUAGUCUGUUCUAGAUCUUUGCCAAACCAAACAGUGUGUGUUAGACUGUACCACCCAGAGGUAAACACCCAAUCUGGACCAGCCGGUAUUUAAUGUGGGUUUGGCACGUUGCUAUGAGCCAAGCAGAGGCUUGGUGAAAUUCACCGCUGUUAGCCUAGCCAUGUCCGGUUGUAGUAAUGAUGAGCAAGGUGAAGUAAAGGGGAUGAGAUCUUGUGCAUGUAUCCACCAAACAAGCAUUUAUGAGUCACCAAAUUGUCACCUAUCUUGAAAAUUGUAGAUGCUAAAGGGGAAAACUAUAUCUAUAUUUGUCAGAUGUCUUCAUACAUCAAGAGUGGUGUUGUGUCAAACCGAGAAAUCUUUUGCGCUUCAAUUGCACAUAUCAACACUUUUGAGGAAUAAAAAUGUCUGACGAGUUUUGAUUUUGGGGUGAACGGUGGGCUAAAUCAGGGUCACAUAAAUCUACUUUAAAACUAAAGUAUACACCUCACACACAUGGUUAUGGGCUUAAAAAAGAAGACACCUGUACCAUGUCAGAUAUACAGUUGAAAUGUAUUAAAUGUUGAGUUUGCAUCCCAAUAUUACACUUUAUAUACAUUACAGAAAACUGAAAUAUAACAAAACCGUUUGACAUAGAAAAAACAGAUUUGUUCAAAAUAAUGCAAAUUAAUUAUGAAAUGAUGAAAAAUAUGAAUAACAUUCCAGCCAUGAGGCCACUAGGUCAUUUGACUGAAGGAAAGGGCUACGGGAGGGGAUACUAAGGGAGAUAUUAUUUAUUUAAUCUCUAAGUCAUAAAGAGAAAGCUAGCGAAGCCGACACAGCAGGCUACUGUGUCCGUCUGUAUUUCAAACCUACAUCAGUUGUUUAGAGCAGAAGGGAGACAGAGUGCCUGAUGUGAAUAAUACACAGCAAUGCUAGAAUCUCUGCCUGCCACACUGGAGACGCAACAUCAUGCAAUCUACUGAGCAUGCCCUAAAAUAAGAGAGUGAAAGAGGACUCAACUUCUCAAAUAAGAGAGAGGACUCAACUUCUCUCUCAGGUUCAGUAGUGACACGGUAGAAUAGAAAAACAACAGGGUUGGGGUCAAUUCCAUUUCAAUUUCCGUCAGUUAAUUCAUUGAAUUCAUUGAAAUUCACUGUAUUUAUUUCCUGAGGGGAUUGGAAUUGAAUCGGAAUCGACCCCUUGGUUUGUCAACAAUGUUGUUGGCCUAAGCAGGACCAAACGGAUGAAUGUCAUUGGUCGGUUUGACACUUUCGUCGUCUCACACAAGGCUGUGCAGUGCAUAGCAACUCCGUGGGACCAGUUUUAACAACUGCAGUAGCUUUCAGAUCAAAUGUUUCUCUUCAUUGUCUGUUUUGUUUCACAGAAAAACCUCAGCGGACACAUUGAUUUAAACUCCAGAUCCAUCGCCAUUUUAAUCUCUUGUAGUCCUUCAGUUUUGUAUUGUAUGCAUAACCUGCUGUUAUAUCUGAUGAAGAUAUAGAUGCUUCAUUCAUUGUUUAUGUUUACAGGAGGCUGUGCCUCCUCCUUCAACACACCGUCAUAUGUCUUGCUGGCCAAAAGCUUCACCUGCAAUCAUAAACCAUAUACCAAUCAAAGAGAUGACUGAGAGGUUCCACAAAGAACAGGCUUAAAGAAAUUCUCUACCUGGAACUUCUGAUGACAGAAGAGUGUCAUUUAAAGUUACACACACCAUUGCUUUUUACUGUACCCCUACAGGGCUGAAAGUAUUAAGAGCUUUUAGAAGAUAAUAACACAAUGCCAGGUCUAGUGUAUAAAAUCAAAUUAACUUAAAUGCCUCCUGUCAUUGCUGAGGGAGGAUUGUCUCCAAAGCAGCUGAAGCAACUUGACAAAGGGGUGUAGAGCAGUGUUUAGCAACCUUUUACUACCAGUGAUUGGCAAACUACGACACCCUUGUCAACUAACUUCCUGAGGGACCUGUCAGCAACGUCCCAGGGAAAGGUGCCGGUCCACGGACCAGAGGUUGAGAAACACUGGUGUAGAGCACUCCUGCAACUCCCCCGACCCUGCCAUCUGUUUAGGGUUGUGUACUGUAGGCACAAAACAGGAGCAAAAUGUUCUGAAAUGGAGCACGGGAUCAGUUACCUGAACACGUCUCCUGUUUUCUUCUGUUUCCCACUAGGCACUAACUGGUUGAAUCAUCGUUGUUUCCAUGUCAUUUUAACUGCUAAGCUCUAUGUGAUGACAUUGAAUCAACGUGGAAAACUGAUUGGAUUUGCAAAAAGUGAUCAACGUAAAGGAUUUCGGGUAUAAUUGUCUUUUUUUCACCUAACUUUUAUCCAAAAUCCAAUGAGAUGGUUAGCAUGUUUGUUGAUUUUACUUUGAGUUCACGUUAUUGACAGUCAAAACUAGAUGUUGAACUGACGUCUGUGUCCAGUGGGUUGUGUGAGAGCGACUGACCCUGUGCAUGAACAGGCCCAAUAAACCACACACUGAGAACAUCAUGAGUAGCAAGAGCUGUAGAGGCUCUAGUCUUAUGGAGCUCUACAGAAUGUACCCAAAUGUGCCUGAAAUCAACUGUUUGUCUUCCAAUGUCUGUAUUCAACAUUUGCUCCAAAACAUAUCAUCAGAUGCCAAAUAAAGAUACUUUACUUGUUA